CUCCUUCUCUUUACUCUUUCUUUUUCGUUUUCAAUCGUUCCUUUACAUUAAUGCCCCAAAUCCUCUUCAAAAUCUUCUCUCUCUCUCAUCGAUCUGCCAACCAAUUUCUCGAUCCCAAGCCAUCACUCGCCGAUUCGUCCAAAUUCUGUUAUCCGUUCGUUCGAUUUUCGGUUCUUCUUUUUGUUUAUCAUCAUUUCUCUCUCUUUUUUUUUCUUGAAUUAUUGUGGGGUUUUUCACGUAAUUUGGGGCUUGGGUUUGUGAUCUGUUCGGAAAAAUUGAGGAAUUUGGGAAGAUGGCGGGGCCGAAUAUGGAUCAGUUCGAAGCGUAUUUUAGGAAAGCGGAUUUGGAUGGCGAUGGGAGGAUCAGCGGAGCUGAAGCCGUCGCUUUCUUUCAAGGUUCCAAUUUGCCCAAACAAGUUCUUGCUCAGAUAUGGAUGCAUGCUGAUCAGACCAAAACUGGCUUCCUUGGCCGGGCUGAAUUUUAUAAUGCUCUCAGACUUGUAACUGUUGCACAAAGUAAGCGAGAAUUAACACCUGAUAUUGUCAAGGCAGCAUUGUAUGGCCCUGCUGCGGCGAAAAUUCCUGCUCCACAAAUUAAUCUUCCAGCCGUAUCCGCACCUCAACCAAAUUCAAUAGGUGUUGUGUCUGCCCCACAGAUGGGGUCUGUUGCACCACCAUCUCAAAGUUUUGGAUUUAGCGGCCCUGUCGUUGCUAAUCCAAAUAUCAACCAGAACUAUUUUCCUCCUCAACAAAGUCAGUCUGUGAGACCGCCUCAAGCCAUGCCUACGGUUAGUAUGGUGGCUCCAAAUGUCCAGAACACCAGCAUAUCAAACGAAUGGCUCAGUGGAAGGGCUGGGGUACCUCCUAAUGGUCCCAGAGGGAUCAGUCCUAUGCCUUCUCCUGCACUCAGACCACAAGCUCCGGUUUCAACACUUCCUCAACCAACAGUUAACGACCCGAAAUCAUUAUUAGUUUCUGGAAACGGGGUUUCUUCCGCUGCAAGUUUUGGAGGCGACGCGGUUUCUGCAACCCCAUCUUUGAGGCCAAUGUAUUCUGCAAGUAGUGCUUCUGCCUCAAUGGCUGUUGUUCCAGCAUCCAGUGGGCCCCAAUUUUCUAGCAAGAACAGUUCAAUCAAUUUGUUACAGGAUGCAGUCUCUAUGCAGCCUAAGGUUAGUCAGUUUCAGCAGCCCCAAUCAGGUUUGAACCCAAACCAGCAGGCUCCUGUCCCGGGUUCUUUGUCUUUUGCAUCAUCGGGUGUUUCAGUGGGAACGAGAUCCUCUAUGCCAGGCAAUUCGCAGGUUCCCUGGCCAAAGAUGAAACCAUCUGAUGUUCAGAAGUAUACAAAAGUGUUUAUGGAAGUAGACAGUGACAGAGAUGGUAAAAUCACUGGUGAACAGGCUCGGAAUCUGUUUUUGAGUUGGAGGUUACCAAGAGAGGUUUUAAAGCAGGUGUGGGACUUAUCUGAUCAAGAUAAGGACAGCAUGCUUUCAUUAAGAGAGUUUUGCUUCGCUCUUUAUUUGAUGGAACGCUUUAGGGAAGGUCGCCCUCUUCCAGCUGUCCUUCCAAACAGUGUCAUGCUUGAUGAGACGUUGACGUCAAUGACGGGUCAACCCAGGGUCCCUUAUGGCAAUGCAGCUUGGAGUCCAAGCCCUGUAACUGGUUUGGGACAGCAACAAGGGAUGCCAGGUGCUCAACAACUAGGACCUACUGCUAACUUGAGGCCACAAAUGCAGACACAUCCUAAGCCUGACAGUGUGCAACCAAAUCAGCAAAAUUCUAGAGCACCAGGUUUAGAGGACUCGUUCUUAGACCAACAUGAUAAUGGGCAUCACUCAAAACCUCAAGAGCCAGCAGCUGGAGUUGAAGAGAUGAAGAAUGCGAUAUUGGAUUCGAAAGAAAAGAUUGAGUUCUACCGCACAAAGAUGCAGGAACUAGUUCUGUACAAAAGCAGAUGUGAUAAUAAGUUAAAUGAAAUUACAGAAAGGGCAUCUGCAGAUAAGCGUGAGUCUGAGUCACUGGGGAAGAAAUAUGAAGAGAGGUACAAGCAAGUGGCAGAAAUAGCAUCUAAAUUAACUAUAGAGGAGGCCACCUUCCGUGAUAUUCAGGAAAGGAAAAUGGAGUUGACUCAAGCAAUUGCCAAAAUGGAACGGGGAGGCAGUGCUGAUGGUAUCCUUCAGGUUCGAGCUGAUCGUAUACAAUAUGAUCUUGAGGAGCUUAUAAAGGCUUUAACUGAGCGUUGCAAGAAACAUGGACUGCGUGUCAAGUCAAGUGCAAUAAUUGAGCUUCCAAAUGGCUGGGCACCUGGCAUUCAAGAGGGAGCAGCUGUUUGGGAUGAAGAAUGGGAUAAGUUUGAAGAUGAAGGAUUUGUUAGCGACCUCACAGUUGAUGUGAAAAAUGUCUCUGUCCAUCCAACAUCUCAACCAGCUUCUGUUCAGAGAGAAAUAGCUUCCCUUGAUGGUGCCUUUGAGAAUGAAUCUGUAUUCAACCAUAAUGAAGACGAAUAUGCAAGAAGUCCCCGCGACAGUCCAGCUGGAAGAACUGCUGUAGGAAGUCCAUCUCAAGCAUUUUCAGACGGUCAUUAUGAUAAAGAUUCUGAAGCAGAUGCAGAAACUCAUAGAAGUUUUGAUGAAUCAACCUGGGGUGCUUUUGGCAAUAACGAUGAUGUCGACUCAGUUUGGGGCUUUAAUGCUCAGAAAACCAACGACACAAAUUCGGAGAAGAACAGAGAUUUGUUUGGGUCGGACAGUUUUUCUGUUAACCCAGUAAGAACUGGAUCCCCACAAGCAGGAAGCGCCUUUCAGAGAAAGAGCCCCUUUACUUUUGAUGAUUCUGUGCCUGGCACUCCACUCUCCAGGUUUGGAAACUCGCCAAGGUACAGUGAGGCUGGGGAUCACUACUUUGACAAUUUCUCGCAGUUCGAUUCCUUCAGCACGCAUGAUGGCGGAUUUUCUUCACAGCCUGAGAGGCUCACGAGGUUUGAUUCCAUAAACAGCUCCAAAGACUUUGGCCAGAAUUCUUUCACAGAUUUUGGCCAGAGUUCUUUCACAAGGUUUGAUUCCAUGAGUAGCUCCAGAGAUUUCGGCCAUAAUCCGGAGAGUCUUACGAGGUUUGACUCCAUAAGCAGUUCGAAAGACUUUGGCCGCAGCGGCGCAUUCUCAUUCGAUGACACAGACCCAUUUGGUUCCUCUGGUCCUUUCAAGGUCUCUUCGGACGUUCAGACUCCUAAGAAAGCUUCUGAUAACUGGAGUGCUUUUUAGUUGGCGGUUUUAUCUUUUGUCUCUCCCGCAGCUCGGUUCAGUUUUCCCCAUUUUGUGUUAGGGGGUUGAUAAAUUCACGGUAGCUAUUUUUUGUGUGUUGUAUAGUUUGGAACUAUAUAGAUGAAUCAGUUUUAUUA